UGGGAGCAGUUAUGGCAGCGAGUAACGACUAGCUUAGGCACUGCAAGUUGCGUCAAUCGUCUUCCCUAGAAACACUCGCCACUUCUUUCUUCCCAUAACUUCUCCAUAGUAACCACUCCCGCUCAACCUCAUUCUCGUUUCAACUGUUUUUCUUAUCUCUAGCCGUACUUUCCAUUACUCCAAAAUCGGCAUUCAAAGUCAGAAACCCAUAGAUAGUUACUGCUCUUCCAUACAAACAGGGGAUGGAGUCUGGAAAUGGUGGUCUGGCUGAAGAGGAUGAGAGGGAAUGUUUGAUUGACAAAGAAAAUGGGGAAGAGGUGUUUGUGGAAAUGCCUGAAUCGUCUUUAAAGUCGAAAGAAUCUGGGGGAGAAAGUUCAUUUGCUUCUGCUAAAGGAGUUGAUUCAUCCAAAACUCUUAAGACUUCUCAUGCGAGUAAAAAAGGAACUACCAGCAGAAGAACAAGUUUAACCGCUUCUACUCAAAGCUUUGAUCUGUCUAAGGUUGGCAAGUCUUGUUCUGCUAAUGGAACUGAUUCAUUGAAAGGAACUGGUGAAACGUCCAAACCCAUAACAGAUGUUGUGCAUCAUAAGGAGGAAGAGGAUUCUAAUUCUACAGCUUCAUCCAGUGCCACUCCUCAAGGACAGCGGAGGAUGAGUGGUCCCGGAUUUUCCUUUAGAUCGGAACAGCGGGCUGAAAAACGAAAAGAGUUCCUUACAAAGAUAGAAGAAAAGAUACAAGCAAAGGAAGAGGAAAAGAGCAAAUUGCAGGCAAAAUCCAAAGAAAGCCAAGAGGCCGAGAUAAAGCAGCUAAGAAAGAGCUUGGCUUUUAAAGCUACUCCAUUGCCAAGCUUCUACAAGGAACCUCCUCCAAAAGUUGAAUUGAAAAAGAGGCCCACAACACGUCCCAUAUCUCCUAAGCUUGGGAGGAACAAAUCAUCUGCAUCAUCAGCAACCGGCGGUUCAGAAAGUCUUAGCCCCAAGACUGUUACAAAACCGGGAAAGUCUCCCCAGGCCUUACAAGCAAACAGCAAUAAGAAUGGUGCCACCUCAUCAAAAGGGACAAGAAUGAAUCCCCAGGAUGGCAAUCAUUCUCAUCAAUCUUCAGCGUCCAAAAAGGGAACAAAGAGCUAUGAUGAGAAACCUUGUCCUGAUCAAACUGAAGUGGAUUUAGGAGAAGACAAUGUGGCAUGUGUUCCUGCUUCAAAUACAGUAUUGGUUGAAGGUUGAAGAUCUCAAGUUUAACUUUACAUACACAGAGUAUCCUGUACUUUAGUUGUUUGUAUUUUCAACAUGGUUUUUAAAAGUUACAGAGUAUAUGAAUUUCUAUGAAGCUGCAAAUACAGUUCUUGUAUCUCACCUGAAUGACUCAAAACUUGUUCUUCUGUUAAAUAUAUUAUGUCAUUCACCUUCCUUUUUGAGAUAUAUUUGAAUUCACUAUGCUA